CUGACCAGAGAAAGAAACAAUCGGAGAAGAAGAAGAUGACUGACCGAGUCUUCCCAGCUUCCAAACCACCAACCGCCACUAAUGGAGCUCCACCAGGUGGUUCCAUACCACCUCCGCCAGCUCCGGCGGCAGUAACCAGCAACGGAACAGCCAACGGAAUGGCUAAUCAGAAACCUCAAGUCUAUAUUCCGGCUAACCGUCCGAUUUACCGUCCACAGCCUUACAGUCGCCGUCAUCAUCACCAAUCUCGACCAAGCUGCCGACGAAUUUGCUGCUGUUGUUGUUUCUGGUCGAUUCUGAUAAUUCUGAUCUUAGCUCUCAUGACAGCAAUCGCCGCCACCGCGAUGUACGUGAUCUACCACCCUCGUCCGCCGUCGUUCUCCGUCCCGUCGCUACGAAUCAGCCGCGUAAAUCUAACGACCGCCUCUGAUUCCUCCGUCUCUCAUCUCUCUUCCUUCUUCAACUUCACUUUACUCUCAGAGAAUCCAAAUCAACACCUCUCUUUCUCUUACGAUCCUUUCACCGUCACCGUUAAAUCAGCCAAAUCCGGUACGAUGCUCGGUAACGGAACUGUUCCUGCUUUCUUCAGUGAUAACGGUAACAAGACGUCGUUUCACGGCGUGAUCGCUACGUCUACAACGGCGCGUGAGUUAGAUCCGGAUGAGGCUAAGCAUCUGAAAACAGAUCUGACGCGCGCGCGUGUGGUAUUUGAGAUCCAGAUGAGAACUAAAGUGAAGAUGAUAAUGGGGAAGCUGAAGAGUGAAGGAGUAGAGAUCAAAGUGACAUGUGAAGGAUUUGAAGGAACUAUACCAAAAGAACUAUCUAUGGCGGAGAAGCUCGAGCCGGUGAAGGUUUUGUACUGCGGAGUUUGCUCUCUUCCAGCGGAAUACUGCGAAUUCGGUCCCGAUUUCGCUAGAUGUAAACCCUGGCUCGUCGAAAACGCCCCGGAUCUCUAUCCUGAUCUCCUCAAAGAAGCUAAUGAGAAGGCAGCAGAUAAUGUUUCUGACAAACUCCAGUCAGUGGGAAUCUCUUCAGGUGGUGCUGAUGGGGCACCAUCUUCAGCUCAGACUGCAGGGACAUCCAAGAAGGAGGAAGUGAAGCGCCUACCUGGGGGAAAAGUUAAAAAGAAAGAUCGACAGGAAGUUAUUAUUGAAAAGGUUGUACGCAACAAGCGCAAGUGUAUCACCAUUGUGAAAGGACUAGAACUGUUUGGGAUAAAACUCAGUGACGCCUCUAAAAAGCUUGGGAAGAAGUUUGCCACUGGAGCAUCAGUUGUCAAGGGACCAACUGAAAAGGAGCAAAUUGAUGUUCAAGGAGAUAUAAUCUAUGAUAUCGUUGAAUUCAUUACAGACACUUGGCCCGACGUACCUGAAAGAUCCAUUUUCUUCAUCGAAGAUGGUAAGAAGGUUCAGGCUGGUUGAUGAUCACCUUUGUCGUCGGUUUUUGGCAUGGCGGGUUCAUGUAGACGAGCUAGUUCCUGAGUUAUCCUAUGUGUUUGGAGGAAAUCGCAUCAUGAUAAUAACUUUCAACAUAACGU